AUGACCGCGACGUUCCCUGCUUCUCAUUCGAUAUUUGCCAUUGUCUUUGCUUCAUACCUCCUCCGCGGUUUUGCACAGUCGAUCUCAUCCGAUACUCCAGUUCCCCCCUUGCAGUGGAUAAACCUCACAGGUCUCGUAUCUGGAUCUUCUCCCCCCGCCCUCAAAGACGCUUCAAUUGGAUAUGAUGAAUCGGCCCGUACCUUAAUCAUAUUCGGAGGAGAGUCUCAAGCCGGAAUACCUCAGAGUGGUACUCAUCUUCUCAACCUGGAUACACUGACCUGGUCAAAUCCUACUCCACCGAACGGCUUGGAUGAUUCCCCACCUGCAAGAAGUGCUGCCAUCAGCGGAGGUGACUUCGCGGCUAGCUUCCGAAGUGCUCAUAUUGUCAUCGGAGGAAUGGGGACCAGCGGUCCGCUGAACGAUGUCUGGGCCUUUGACUACAUCAACCAAUUCUGGCAUCAAGUAAAUACCGAGGGCGGUCCUUCCAGAUCCCACGCAGUGGGUGGGAAGGAUCUUCGCGUUUCAUUUAACAAUACCGCAUCUCCCGUCAACACCUUCUAUCUUGCCGGUGGCAUCGAUAGUUCUGGCCCGGUCUCCCUCUCUGACACCUGGCAACUGCAGCUCUCAGGGACACUAUCCUCGAACCUGCCUGACUCUCUCGACGGUUCAUGGUCUCAGACGACCUUGGACAGCUCUUCGAUUGAGGCACUCUCUGGUCUAGGAGGAACUGUUGUCCAACAAGAAGUAGUUGCAAUUGGCGGGUGCACAGGAACUAGCAAUGCCACGGCAUCCUGCGCCUCACAAGUCUCAUAUGUCAUUAACCUCUCGAACGAUGGCAUUACAAACCCUGCCACCUGCGUAGCCCCACGAAUAGGAGCAGCUGUCGCUGCGAAUCAGAACAGCGUCUUGUCAAACUUCGGCUCCCAGGUUUUCGUCGUCUCAGGACUGUUUGACAUGUCGCUUUGGGACGACGGUGGAGGAUCUGAAAAAGGCGAAGUGGAUGUUCUGGACAUCAGCGCCGGCUCAUGGUCCCGAAUCCUACCCUCAGGCGAUCCUGGAGACAGUAACAAUCCCGCUUUUCCUUCAGCCCGCGAAGGAGCUUCCACUCUAUCUUUCACUUCUGGGCUUGUCGGUACAUCGCGUUCUUCGUCUUCCGAUACGAUCAUGUAUGGAGGCCGAGAUGCGUCCGGCAACUAUCUCUCGGAACUGUGGCUCCUCAGGGCCUACAACGGUUCUAUUACGCAGUCGAACCAGAAAUGGUCCGGGUUCGGUUCAGGGACGUUACAGACAGGAGUCGACGCUGACGGCGAAGGUGUCACAAUCCAAUAUUUGACAAACUGCGUUAGCGCCAUCGCGCCGUCAUCCACCACUGCGUCUCACCAGUCCUCGGCUUCAGCCACCGGUACAGCGUCUACGGCGCCACCGACUUCGUCCUCUGGUCCAUCGACAAGCGCCGUCACAUUUAACACCUCGCUCCUUCACAAGCUCCUAUCGCCCGCCUCUAUUGUCCUUUUACUUCCAUCCACCCUACUCUACCGAUUGGGCCUGCCAUCUACCACAGCUGCACAGCCGUCUCCUCGGCUAGUGACGCUGAAAUACCUCGCUAUCUUGAUUGGAGUGGCAGCCUAUGGGAUUGGCAUAGCAGGCCUCGCUACAUCUUUCACUUCUGUAUCACAAUCGUCCGGGGGCACAUCCAUCAGCAGACGCUCCUUCUCCGCGACAGGAAAUGUCCUCAAGACAGCCCACGGCAGGGCCGGCCUUGCGCUUUGCGUCGCGCUUUACGGUCUGAUCCCCAUUCUGAACUUCUUGUAUUACGGGUGGCGACGGAUGUACGGCCGUCCGAGAGUAACGAUCGAAGAAGAGAAACAUAGUCCAGAGAGAUCGAAUAGGAACUCCACCGACACCGCCGAAAAACUCAACUCUACUGCUCUGAUGGGAUCGAGCGGAAACGGCCAUACGACUCCACAGCCAGACCCUGGCUCUUCCUCAGAAAACCGUCCGCAGCGGAGAAGGCUUCAUUCCUGGGGAGGUGGCGGACUGCUCCCCGGGCGCUACAGUAACGAGUUACCUGCGUCAGAGGAUAGCGUCACGGCCCCAGAGUCCACAGAGGCGUCCGGGGGACAUCGUGCAUUUGAGGUUGUCAAUCGUCCACAGCGGUCUCGUCACCAAAGUGCUAGCGCCAUAAGCACCAUGGCGGACCAUCGUUCGCGUACACCGGUUACACCGCGCAGCCUCGGAGACGGCGAGCUAGACUAUGUCUUAUCUCAGAUGAACCGCCAGCAGCCGCUAACUCCUGGAACGGCUGAAGUCCUGAGCACCAGCACGAGGGGCCUAAUGAACGAAAUCCCCUCACCGCCUCCACGGCCUAUAAUGCCACCCAAGCUCGAGACCGCCUUACACCUCCUGUUCCAUGCCUUGGUCCUGGCCCUGUGCGUCCUCUCCCUUCAGGCUCUGUGGACGCGGGCACCCAGAGCCACGUUCGCCGUAUUCCUGAUAUGGACACUCGCCUUUUACGUCGCCCUCGUUGCGCUCGCAUGGUUCGGCCAUCCACGUAACUCGUCUCUCUCCGUGCUUCUCAGCCGCUUCGGGGGUGGUCAUCAAUAUGCCGCUCCCCCAGCCAACGCAUCGACCCCUACCCCUUCACGCCCGUUAUCCAUAGCUGGCACCGACCAAUAUCCUUUCCCCACACAAGCACAGACACAGAGCCAGGGACCGUACCUCCAUCAGCCUAUGGUCAGACCUGCGCACGACGAUGAGUUCUCAGCUUCGCACGGUGGACAUCCUGAUGAUAUCGAGGAGGAUUCGGACGACGAUGAGGUGACGAGGCAGCAGAGGAUUGAGGACGAGAUGGGGAGGAGGGACGUUUCGAUUGUUACGGUUCCGAAGCGAAAGCUUUGGAUCACCAAUCCUUCAUGA